CCCCGGACCCUGCAUUCAUUUAUAUCUGCUCUCCCCGGACCCCGCAUUCACUAUAUCUGCUCUCCCCGGACCCCGCAUUCACUAUAUCCGCUCUCCCCGGACCCCGCAUUCACUAUAUCCACUCUCCCCGGACCCUGCAUUCACUAUAUCUGCUCUCCCCGGACCCCGCAUUCACUAUAUCUGCUCUCCCCGGACCCCGCAUUCACUAUAUCUGCUCUCCCCGGACCCCGCAUUCACUAUAUCUGCUCUCCCCGGACCCCGCAUUCACUAUAUCUGCUCUCCCCGGACCCGGCAUUCACUAUAUCCACUCUCCCCGGACCCCGCAUUCAUUAUAUCUGCUCUCCCCGGACCCCGCAUUCACUAUAUCUGCUCUCCCCGGACCCAGCAUUCACUAUAUCCGCUCUCCCCGGACCCCGCAUUCACUAUAUCCGCUCUCCCCGGAUCCUGCAUUCACUAUAUCCGCUCUCCCUCUCAUUACUA